AUGCCUAGCGGCAAGAAGAGCCAGGACAAGAAGAAGGAGAAGCCUAAGUACGAGCCUCCUGUCCAAACCAAGACAUUUGGAAGAAAGAAACGGAAAGGUCCAGACAGCAUUGCCAAGCUGCCUGCCGUGCUGCCCAACACGCGGUGCAAGCUGAAGCUUCUGAAGCUUGAGCGGAUCAAAGAUCACUUGUUGUUGGAGGAAGAAUUUGUGUCCAACCAGGAAAUUCUCCAACCAACCGAACAAAAACAAGCAGAGGAAAGAGAAAAGGUUGACGAUUUGAGAGGCACUCCAAUGUCCAUUGGAACGUUAGAAGAGAUUAUCGAUGACGACCAUGCCAUUGUUUCGUCGUCAAGCGGCCCUGAAUACUACGUUUCGAUCCUGUCGUUCGUGGACAAAGGGCUGUUGGAGCCUGGGUGUCAGGUCCUAUUGCAUCACAAAACCGUGUCGAUUGUGGGAGUGCUUCAGGACGAUGCAGACCCGGUGGUGAACGUGAUGAAGAUGGACAAGUCGCCAAACGAGUCGUAUGCGGAUAUCGGAGGACUGGAGUCCCAAAUCCAGGAGAUCAAGGAGGCGGUCGAGUUGCCACUUACACAUCCAGAACUGUACGAGGAAAUGGGUAUCAAACCGCCAAAGGGCGUGAUAUUGUACGGUGCACCGGGAACCGGAAAGACUUUGCUGGCCAAGGCGGUGGCGAACCAGACAAGUGCGUCGUUUUUGAGAAUUGUUGGUUCGGAGCUGAUUCAGAAGUACCUUGGAGACGGACCGCGUAUGUGCAGACAGUUGUUCAAGGUGGCCAGUGAGAACGCGCCAUCGAUUGUGUUCAUCGACGAGAUCGAUGCGAUUGGAUCCAAGAGAUACGAGUCGUCUUCUGGCGGAGAGCGGGAGGUUCAGCGGACGAUGUUGGAACUGCUAAACCAGCUAGACGGUUUUGAUGAUAGAGGAGACGUGAAGGUGAUUAUGGCUACAAACAAGAUUGAGAGUUUGGACCCUGCAUUGAUCAGACCUGGUAGAAUUGACCGGAAGAUUUUGUUUGAGAACCCAGACCCGGCCACCAAGAAGAAGAUUUUGACGAUUCACACAUCCAAGAUGAACAUCUCGCCGGACGUGGAGCUUGACACGCUGAUCAACACCAAGGAGGAUUUUUCGGGAGCAGACAUCAAGGCCAUUUGUACCGAGGCUGGAUUGCUUGCCUUGCGUGAGAGACGGAUGCAGGUGAUUGCAGAGGACUUCAAGCAGGCCAAGGAGCGUGUUUUGAAGAACAAGAUCGAGGAGAACCUGGAAGGUUUAUACUUAUAG